AUGGUAGCGGUACAGAAGAGCACAAGAAAAGAGGAAUUGGAGCGGGCAAAUGAAAUGAGAUUGGCUCGAAGACGAAGAAAGCAUAAAAUGCAAGAACAAAGCACAGGUGAUGCUGAUAGUGAUGAUGAAUAUAGCGACGAUACUACUCACUAUAGCAGUUAUGGUGUUGUUGUUGUUGGUGGUGGUGGUGGUGGUGGAGACGAUGCUGGUAAAACAGAAAGAAAGGAAAGGAGGAAUCCUGCAAAGUGGGUAGACUGGCGGAAGGAGAAUAAGAAUAUGUUGAGGAUGGUACUGGUGCCGCCGGAUUUCUUCAGUCACAAGAUCUAUCAAAAUACGUAA